AUGGAAAACAAUUUUCUCGAACAAAUGAAAAAGGGAGAUUUAAUGUUGGCCAAAUAUAGAAAAAUGACAGAAAAUCUCAAUAAACCAACCGUGUUGACUCAAUCGUCGGGCACUAUUUGCUUUGGCGCUAAAAUUUCCCUUCUCACACCCCACGUGCCAGCAACAGAUCCGCCGCUAAAUGAUAAAAAAGGUUUACUUCUUGGAGGUCGGAUAACUUCAAAUGAAAUUAACAAUUCUCAUGACCUGGAAGAUGGGUGUACCUUAGUAGGUCUAGCAAACACUCAACCCACAGAAAGAAGCACUUUCAUUAUAACUAGUGCUGAUUAUUGUAAUCGUCAGGAUGAACUUCUUAAAUAUAACCAGGAAUUUCUUCUUACUGUUUCAUCUUCCGUUGCUAAGAAUAAGCCUCUUUAUAUAAGAUAUGCUCCAAACCCAAUUCCUGGUCUUAGCGGAUUGUUUCCACUAUAUCUUAGUAAGCAUCCGGUAUCUAAUACAAGAUGGCGCAUCCUGCCUAUUCAAAGAGCUGAUACAACUAGAUUUGAGCAAGAGGGGAAACCUGUGAAUGUGAGAUUACAAUAA